GCGCCACAUAAUGAGAAUCGCCACAACGUCAAACAAAUCGAUAACUCGAAUUCAUCUUCCUAGGUAGCAAGCCCAUGGUGUGGUGUGGCGGAUACAUUUCAUGAGAAGGGCUCCGCUCGCUGUCGCCAACGGCUGGGCGAAUAUCAGGACCUGCGAAAUGGAACAAAAUGAACAAAACAACAACACAACAGGACAAGUAAGGAGAACAGCAGGAAUUAAUGCAGAGCCCACAGCCCAAGCGAUGGUUGUUUGAAGAAACCCGGCUCGAUACCGAAGUGCGGCAGUUUUUGUUCGACGAUGUCAGCCCCAGCGGCCUGCGCUAAGCCGCAUCUGCAACAACCUCCCAUCUUCUUUGCUCCUUGGGCUCAAACUUCUUCAACCUCACCUCCUUAACGCUACUCUCAGGGAAUGCAUCGUCAGCAUCCAGAACUUUGAGAGUCUUCACUAACUACUAGUUUAAUCGGACCCCGGCGGGGACGUACCUUCAUUUUCCAAAAUGGAACCACUCUCCUUUUGGCGGCUUAUGGUGGGUAUUUUUAUCCCUUGCAGCUGGCCCCCAUCUGUCCUGCGACAGCUUGGAUGUCAAGAUAGUUUCACUCUACCACUCUCGCUUCAUGCGUUCGAUAUGCGUUCUCCGUAUCGAUCCUUCAUAUAGCCAGCUUGGCAGCUGUGAUACAGCUAUACAUUUCCUGUUUUUCCCGUCCAAAUGUGUUUUCUCCUUUUGCAUUUCAAUUAUUUCAAUUUCUCCUUCUCUUCCUUUCUCCUCUUGCAUUGCCAUUCUCCCUCCCUCAAUAGUCUUCGUGUUUUGAUUGUCCAUAUGGUCGUUUUGAGGGAUUGCACUCUUUUCUCACCCCCCGUCCUCCCUCCAUAUAGAGAGAAAUAUCAAACCAUUCAUUUUUUGAAAUAAUUCCACGUUGAUCGUGGAAGAUUCUUCACAUAUCUCUUGUCUUAUUACAUUCUUUAUUUUUGAGGCAGCGGGCCCUACUUUUACAUACAUUUUGCGGCACGUCACAUUCCGGGAAUCUACAUAACUUCCUUUUCGAAUUCAAGAAUUUCGUGGAGAUAAUUUGAGGGCAAAAAAACAGAACAUCUGAAUUCAGAAAUAGAUUUGUUGCUCCCCAUAACCUGUACAAACAGUGUUUGACAGCAUGCAGUACAAAAACCUCUUGCUUGCCCUGGUUCUCUCGUCUGGAUUUCUCGAUGUAGUCGUCGGGGCGGAUCUGCGGGCUCGCCAGAAUGGUGGCCAAGCCGCAGUCGCCGCUCAGGACAGCAGAGGCGGCCAACGCCAAGCCGGUCAAGAUCAAGAACGCGAACGCCAGGCUGAGAAAAGCCAGGGAGGUCAGCGCCAGGCAGGGCAAGGUGGCCAGGCCGCGCAAGAUCAAGAACGCCAACGCCAACGCCAGGCUGGCCAAGUCCAGGGAGGUCAGCGUCAGGACGGACAGGGUGUCCAGGGAGGCCAAGGCCAGCAGCAAAACGGUGGAAACAACGGCGGAAAUAACAUCGGAAACAACGGGGGGAACAAUGGGGGGAACAAUGGGGGAAAAAACAGAGGGAAUGACGGUGGGAAUGACGGUGAGAAUGACGGUGGGAAUGACGGUGGGGAUGACGGUGGGGAUGACGGUGGGGAUGACGGUGGGGAUGACGGUGGGGAUGACGGUGGGAAUGACGGUGGGAAUGACGGUGGGAACAAUAAUGAACUUCUACUCAACCCCAACAACGUUCAGGAUUCCAGCAAGAACGACGGAACCGCUCAAGCAGAAGCAGGACAAGCUGCUUCCCUCACUGACGACGCCAACUUUAUCAAUUUCUGCACUGGGAAAACAUUGACCAAUGGUCUUCAACGGGAUGGCGGCUCUUGCAACGGUAUUGUUAUGGGCGAUAUCCCUUCUCGUAACAAUAUGAUUUCCUGUAUUAUUUUGAACCCGGCACCCGGUGAAGACCUCGAACCAAACGAGAGUUUCAACGUGGAUAUUCAAGUUGAAAACCUCGUGGCUGGGUCGUUCACCAAUCCCGACAUCACUUACUAUUCGGCUCCUCAGCAACUCGUGCGUGGGAAUAUCGAGGGCCACAGCCAUGUCACUAUUCAAAGCCUCGGGAAUAAUAUCAACACACAGACCCCCCCGGACCCGGACAAUUUCGUCUUCUUCAAGGGGAUCAAUGAUCCCGGUAACGGGCAAGGUGGACUCAGAGCUGAGGUUGAUGGCGGCCUCCCACCUGGUGUCUACCGUGUCUGUACUAUUAAUUCAGCCAGCAACCAUCAGCCCGUGGUCAUGCCGGUUGCUCAACGCGGCGCCCAGGAUGACUGCAUCCGUUUUACUGUUGGUCAAGGUAACAACAACAACAACAAUAACAGCGGCCAGAACAACGACCAAAACAAUGGCCAAAACAACCAAGGCCGCCAGAAUGGUGGUAACAAUGGCAGAGGCAAUGGCAGAGGCAAUGGCAGAGGAGGUUUCCUAGACCGAUUCCGAUUUGGUCGUACUAGGGAACGCAUGCCUUUCAGAAAGAGAACAUUCAUUGCCUGAACGGACACAUCUUCAGAUUCAACCCUGUGAUUUACGUGCUGAGAGUUAGAAACUACCCCUUACUUCAGUUCCCAGUGUCCAGCCUCUGACACGCCAGGACUCUGGAGGGGGGAACAGUUGUAUCGCCAACACUGCCCUGUAUAUCUCGACAUUUUUCGUAUAUUGUGGCAUUUCCUACCCCCUAACCUUUUUUCAUUAUACUUCGUAUCUAUCAGUGUUCCUUUCAUUAUACUUGUGUUUCGUUUUUUCUUGACUUUUGUCGUUUGCAGGAUGCCUAGAUAUAAAAAGGAUACAAGGACCCCGCUCUCGCUGUCCUUGGUCUGGGGAUUAGUGCGACCGAUGGUUGUUCCGUGGCCUAUUUGUGGAUGUGCUGUGUUUAAUUGAGUUCUCUGUGAUGUGGUAAGUCACCAGGGACUCGAGUCUGGAUUUUGCUAUCAGAUCUAGGAAGUAGUUGGCAUUGAUACAUGAUAUGCACAUAAAACAUACCCUUCUCAACUGACCGUCUCACCUGCGCCCUGGAGCACAAAUUCCAAAUUCUAUGAAUAUCCUCCGCCCCGCGGAAGUAGUUCUCCAAUUA